AUGGCCAAAAGAAGACGUUUGAGGUCAAAGGAGGACUCGGUUAAAACAAAACUUUUCAACCUGGAUGAACUGAUCGAUUCCAUUCCUAUAGAUGUUGACAUCCCUAUUGUAGAUGAGUGUUCAGGUCCAAAAAGGACGACUACGGAGAUUCAUGCUUCCAGUAGUGUGAAUUUGCUAACGAAACCCUUGAAUAUUGUUCAGAUACCGUCUCGUCAGAGGCGACGACUGACCACCAUUAAGAAAAAGGUAAGCCAUUUAGACCCUUUGGAUGAUAAGCUUUUCCUGAAGCACCAUCAAAGAGCCGAGAAAUCAGAGAAGAAAAUGACCAAUAUCGAAAAGGAGCGUGUGUUUACGGAGUAUGACUACUAUUUGCAUUGUCUAGAACAGUUAAAGACUGUGUGUCAAGAUUACGAAGCUUCAAUGGUGCCGAACCAACAGAUGAUGUUGCGAAUAACUGAACCUUUCACUACCAUAGAUGAUCCGAACGAUAGACAAGAAGUUUUAAUGAAGAUACAGCUGUUGAUUGGAGAAAUAACUAAGUUUACCAGGACAUUCGAAAGACUUAGAAAACUUGAACUGAAGUUGAAGACGUUGCACAACAAUUUCUAUCACCAGAUAGAUAAUCCCGAAGACUCAGAUACAGAAGAAGAGGCUCACAUGGAUGUUAAAAGGUUGAGAGAGACUAGAUUUUAUCGAAGGCUCAAGCAUGGUCCGUUAAUAAAAAUACGUUUUUUGGAUGGAACUGUUUUAGUUAAAGAUGCUAUUUCACCUCCCAAGGUGAUCAAUUUUUAG